CCAUAAGAAUUGUAUUCAUUUGUACAAUAUUUUAUUUGAUCGGGUCAUGAAAACCCUAAAUUUUGUGAAAUUCGAUCGAAAGCAUUUCGAUCCCUCUUGUCCGAAAAUGAUUCCCACGGCAAAGUUAGAGGUUUGGCCUGGUUACGUAACGGCUGUCGAUGAAUACGACGGAGGUUUGAUGCUCUGCUGCGAUGUGUCUCAUCGUUUGCUGUGCCAAAAAACUGUAUUGGAUAUGCUCAUCGAGAUCUAUCAAUACAACAAGUCCAAUUACCAAGACAUGGCUAAGAAGCAUUUAAUUGGAAGCAUAGUUAUAACACGAUAUAAUAAUCGCACGUACAGAAUUGAUGAUAUAUGUUUCUCCGAUAAUCCACAUUCGGUAUUUGAAACCAGAGCAGGUUCUUACAGUUAUGUGGAAUAUUACAAAAAUCACCACAACAUUAACAUCAGAGAUGGCAAACAACCCCUAUUAAUUAGCUUUAAAAAAUCAAGGGGAAAUGAAAAUUCAGAGGCAGAAAGCAUUCAGUUUUGUUUAAUUCCAGAACUUUGCAACCUCACCGGUCUGCACGAUGAAAUUCGCUCGGAUAAGAAACUAAUGCGUGAGAUAGCAACAUUCACCAGGGUCUCGCCAAAUCAGCGGAUGCUGGCUCUGGAUAAGUAUUUUAGAAAUAUAAAUGAAAACGCCGCUGCGAAAGAGAUCCUGAAAAACUGGGGCAUAUCGCUCAUAAAAAUUCAGGAUCAAAUAGUUGGUCGACAUAUAGAUCCGGAACAAAUCUAUUUUGCAAAGAGAAACAUUUCAGCUGGGCAAAGGGCAGAUUUUAGCAACGAUGCCUUGAAAAAUGAAAUGCUUGAAGUCGUACAUCUCAAGAACUGGAUUUUGAUACAUCCAAAAAGUGAUGUACGAACUGCUAAUGCCUUAUUAAAUAAUAUGGAGCGAUGUUGUAAAUCAUUUGGAAUGAGCUAUUGUACACCCAGCAUAGUAUCCUUGGACCAGGACCGUGUCGAUGCCUAUGUGGGUGCUCUGCGUCGCAACAUUUCUACACAUACCCAAAUAGUCGUCUGCAUAUGUUCUAGUAGACGCGAUGACAGAUACUCCGCUAUCAAAAAAAUUUGCUGCGCAGAAAGACCGGUUGCAUCCCAGGUGAUCAACUCAAGGACUUUAUCCAAUGAAACUAGAAAUCGAUCAAUUGUGCAAAAGAUAAUUUUGCAAAUGAACUGUAAAAUGGGCGGAUCUCUGUGGACAGUUAAAAUUCCGUUUAAAAAUGUGAUGAUCUGUGGAAUCGACUCGUAUCACGAUCCAUCUCAAAAGAGCCAUUCUGUAGCUGCCUCGCUUAACUCAACAUACACCCAUUGGUUUAGUAAAGCUGUUAUCCAAACCAAAAAGGAAGAGCUUGUGAAUGGACUCACUUCAUCCUUCGAAUCCGCCCUAGAGUGUUAUAAGAGACGCAAUGGUUACUUCCCAGACAGUGUUAUAAUUUACAGAGACGGUGUUGGCGAUGGCCAGUUAAACUUAUGUGCCCAUUAUGAAAUUCCGCAGUUCGAGUCAGUAAGCCAGAAAAGCGUGAAAAUAACGUUUAUUGUAGUUCAAAAGCGUAUCAAUACUCGAUACUUUUUGGAAAAGAACAAUAAUUAUGAAAAUCCAUUGCCGGGAACAGUCGUUGAUAAGGACAUCACCAGAUCUCAAAUGUAUGAUUUCUUCUUGGUUUCACAAAUGGUUCUCCAAGGCAGUGUUACGCCAACCCAUUUCGUUGUUCUGCGGGACGACUCAAAUUAUGGUCCCGACAUCAUACAAAAACUAAGUUAUAAACUAUGUUAUAUGUAUUACAAUUGGCCAGGGACAAUACGGGUCCCUGCAUGUUGCAUGUACGCUCAUAAGAUGGCUUACUUGAUUGGUCAAAGCGUUCAGCGUGAUACUGCAAAUAAUCUGUCGGAGAAACUUUUUUAUUUAUAAUAACAAUCAUUUUCGUUAUUUAAGUAUAUUCACUUAAGCCAUCUCUUUAAUUAAUUAACAGUAAUUUUUUCUUUAAACUUAAAUGGGAUGUGUUUCAGAAAGUGAAACUUAAAUGGGUUGUGUUUCAGAAUGUGAAACUCAAUUCAUUUAAGUUUAAUCAACAAAUUACUGUUAAUUUUUCAGAUAUCUAAUUUAAAAAAAAAAAACACUUUAUUACCCAUUAAUGAGUCAAGU